AUGGGUAACCCAUGGGUUACCGACCCAAUCAGUGCCUUAGGCAGCCGCCCCAGCGCCAACACAGGCGACGAGUUCCAGCACCCCAAGCCAGAGGAGGACAACGAUGGCGACCCUAACGAGGCCGCCGCUGGAUCUCAAGGCGAUCAGCAGCAACCCGACGUAACAGCACGUCGGCCCCGGGCCGUCUCACAGGCUCAGAGCUGCAUACUAGAGGGCUUCCGGGUUUACCGAUCCCUUGCUAAGACGGUCUUCUUGCUGGAGAAACAGCAGCGCCAGGACAGCAGUCCCUCUGGUCGUCGCCUGACAGAAUACGCCUCUAUGUUUGGCGGUGAGCCAGCCACCGAGCAGUGCAUAGCCGAGAUGGUCGACGAUCUCAACAGCCACGCCAUCGUCGACUUGGCCAACCUAGCGCACCUCGAGCCGCGCAUCGUGCUGCAGAGGAACGAACCACACCACGUACUCAACACCCGCCUCAUCAUGCUGGAGGCACAACGCAAGAACCAGCGCCUUGUGGUGUGGAAUGCAGACCACGUCCCUGUCCAGAAGCGUGGCGCCGCUGUGGAGCCGGCCCUGACACACGAUUACGACUUUGGCCACACCACCGCCGACACAUGGUACUACCAUGGCGCCCGAUACAUCCUCCUUGAUACGACAGCUGCCGAUGCCGGGGCAAGCCACAACAACGAGGUGGAAGCCUGCGGCCUGCUUGAAGACGGCCGCGAACCAGCAGAUGACGGCCGUGGCCCCUACCGCCGGCUCAAGUACCUUCCAGCCGCCGUCAUUGUGCGGCCUAUGAGCGGCCACAUCCCCGACACCGUGCUGCAGGGCCUUGGAGACUACGCCAGCAGGGGUGGCGCCUUCAUCCUGUCACCCCGAGCGUCUUGCAUUGCCGAGGUGGAGAUGCCCGCCCCCGGAUGUGGCACCAUCACAAAGCAGAUCCGGCGCCUCAAUGUACCACUCGGCGACCGCCAGGCGGUCACUGAUUACUUCGUGCAAGGCCGAAGCUUCAAAGAUGAGUGUUGGCUGGUGGAUCUCGCUGUCCCACCCAACGGCAUCAAGCGCGCCACCCUGUAUGUGCUGCUGACCCGCUUUAAGACGCUGGACCACGUCCGUCUGCUACGGCCGCUUUAUACCACGCCACACGAGCGCAAGAAGGUAAUCAGACAAUUCCUCAGCGCAACUAACCUCGAGCCGGACCUGGCCACCAACCUGCGGCUGCUGAAGCAGGCAGCACACGAGACGGAGCAGCGAUAUACCACCGAGUUCGAGCAUGCACGACAGCUGGAAGCGUGCUGGACCUGCCCAUCCCAGGGCUAG